CCACACUCUUAAAAAAAACACAUGUAUACGUACACUCUAUGGGGCUUUUCUUGCCCACAACGAUAAUCGUCAUCUGAUUUGGCUGCAUUUCCUUUCUUUAAUGCUGCAAGCCCGGGACUGCAAGUCGCGAACCAUGGGAAAAUAAUAUAUGUCACGAACGGCUUGGACGUUAUCAGCGUGACACAACAUUCUCGACAGGAAAAAGUAGCGCGCGCCGAGUUUUCAAGAAAGAAAACGCAAACAAAGCAGACGACGUUUAUCGUUGUGGCAUGUUGUGGGACAUAUUAAAGACAUAUGCACCAAAGGGUGCAACCGUUUUAAGAGUGCAAUAUGGGACGGGAAAAAGCCGGACGGUGAUCAAAACAAGGCGCCAUAUGACUGGCUUUCGGCGUUAUGCAUGCUUUCCGCGCAUGCAGUCAACAAAAGCACGGCUUUAGAGAGUCGUUUCUGUUACCCGCAGGGCAGUGGCGUGGCCAGAAUAUUUUUUUCCAACACAGAAAUUUCUAAGGGAGGGGGGGCACGAGCACGGUGUGAUAUCCCAACGCCUCCGGAUAUCCCCUGGCUCUUUUGAGCUACAUUAGACAUUCGUUUGGAGGUUUUAGUCGACGCUAUCUGGCAACACUGGGCGCAGUCAACAUGUCGGACGGUGAGGAUGACUUUAUGUGCGACGAUGAAGAGGACUAUGACUUGGAAUAUUCGGAGGACAGUAACUCGGAACCAGACGUCGACUUGGAAAACCAAUAUUACAACUCGAAAGCACUCAAGGAGGAUGACCCUAUGGCAGCCCUUGUCAGCUUCCAAAAGGUUUUGGACUUGGAGCACAACGACAAGGGAGAAUGGGGAUUCAAGGCACUUAAACAGAUGAUCAAAAUCAACUUCAAGCUGAGCAAGUACGAGGAGAUGAUGACGAGGUAUAAGCAACUACUCACCUACAUCAAAAGUGCGGUGACGAGGAAUUAUUCGGAGAAGUCAAUUAACUCAAUCCUGGAUUAUAUAUCCACAUCCAAACAGAUGGAGCUGCUGCAAGAGUUCUAUGAAACAACCCUGGAAGCCCUGAAAGAUGCAAAGAAUGACCGGCUGUGGUUCAAGACAAACACAAAGCUAGGGAAGCUUUACUUUGACCGAAACGAGUUCAACAAGUUGGCAAAAAUUCUAAAGCAGUUGCACCAGUCAUGCCAGACUGAUGAUGGUUGUGAUGACUUGAAAAAGGGGACACAGCUAUUGGAGAUAUAUGCGUUGGAGAUCCAAAUGUACACGGCCCAGAAGAACAACAAAAAGCUGAAAAAGCUUUAUGAGCAGUCACUGCACAUCAAGUCUGCUAUCCCACAUCCAUUGAUUAUGGGUGUGAUUCGUGAGUGUGGUGGCAAGAUGCACUUGCGUGAGGCCGAGUACGAGCGUGCACACACAGACUUCUUUGAAGCAUUCAAAAACUACGACGAGUCAGGCAGCCCGCGACGGACCACCUGCCUCAAGUACCUUGUGCUGGCCAACAUGCUUAUGAAGAGCGGCAUCAACCCUUUUGACUCCCAGGAGGCAAAGCCCUACAAGAAUGACCCUGAAAUUCUUGCCAUGACGAACCUUGUCAGUGCCUACCAGAAUAAUGACAUCAGUGAAUUUGAGUUAAUAUUGAAAACCAACAGGAGAAACAUAAUGGAUGACCCUUUCAUCAGAGAGCACAUUGAAGACCUGCUUAGGAACAUUCGAACACAAGUCUUAAUAAAGCUCAUCACACCUUAUACUAGGAUUCACAUACCUUUUAUAUCAAAGGAACUCAACAUAGACUCAAGUGAAGUGGAAAAUCUUCUAGUGUCUUGUAUUUUGGACAGCAUGAUCCAGGGUCGCAUCGACCAGGUGAAUCAGGUUCUCGAAUUGGACAGCAAGGGGCAAGGUGCUGCCCGGUACAAUGCGCUGGACAAGUGGACAGCUCAACUUGGGACUUUGCAUCAGACGAUCGUGAACAAGAUCAUGGCGUAGCACACGGCUGGCCUAGACCUCCGCCUCUCAAGCUGUGCGAGUCCUUGAGUGCGGUGACCACAUUGUCCACCUAUGAAUGCCUUCUCUGCACGGCGUCCACUUGAGGUGUAACUGCUAAAUCCUACCAUCGCCGGCUCUGUGGCAGUGGCAUUAUGUCAGGCUGGCUCCUUGAUCCUUCCUGGAAACUAACAAGACUUGUGUACAGCCAACACAGACCUUGCAAAUUGUUCAUCUGUUGCUGUGGCUCACACAUAUUACAGGCACAAGAGUUUGAUUCAAGCAUAUAUUCUGAUGCUUUUCUUUUUUAUGUGGAAUACUUUGCUGUUGGAGAACCAAAAGAAGAGUGCCAUGCCAAGUGUGCUGGUAGUCCAUGGUCAUCAUGGCAGCCACAUGUGAUGAUGCUCUUCACAUUGCUGUAACUUUUGAAAAUUAUUCCUGGGGCUCUCUUCUGGACAUCUUGCCAAUGUUGAACCGCCAUUUUGCCUGCUAUGGUUGGCUCAAGGCAGGACCAUGUGUCACCCCCUCCCCUCAAUUAGAUCCUACAGGAAUGUAUGGCGGGAUUUGACCUUGACAAAAGAGUUUAAAAAAAGCCCCAGUGAUGAUGACCUUCCAAAUGGCUGAUAGUCACUUACUGGAGAACCAAUACCUAGGCCUGGUUUAGUUCACUCAUAUUUAGCUUUCAGCACUGCAGUGCCGCAAAAUGCGUAUGGAGAUGCCUUGACCUUUGCAAGCAGUCACAGAGCCCCACAUUUGCUGCUACGCACAGCUCUUGAGUGUGUGUAAAUCGUCUUAUAGAGCAGGCAGGGUAUGCCCUGAUGUGUUGGAACAGUCACUGACCCAGGUUCUAAAUGCUAGCUCACAACGACAAGUCCCUUUUGUCUUGUCUCUGAUUUUCACUUCUUUUUUCUUUUUCCACUUUCCCCUGCAGGAGCAAAAUUACUAGCUUUUCUUUUUAAUCAUUGAAUAUGAAACAAAUGUGGAGCAAUUGUCAGGCUGAUUGUGCUGCUUUUAACUUGUGCUGUUUUGCUUGAAUGCAUCGGCAUCCAGUGUUCUGUUCACCUUCCCACGUGUCCUUGUUUUGUGGAUAGCAUUUUUCUUCUGAUCUGUUGUUGGUCUUGUCUUGUACAUAACAGUUUGCCAACAGGACAGCAGAAACAUUUGGUGGUUCUGGCCUGUUGGCAGUGCGCCUCCUUCCAUGCUAUUUAAGAGUGAGUGAUAGACUGCUUGGGUUUGUAAAAUAAAUGCUGUGCCAGAGAGUUUUGACAA